AUGCCUUCUUCUUCGCUUUGGAUGAGUGCAGGUUCACUCGCUGUUGCUUCAUUCCUUUCACCCGUCGCAGCUGGCAGCCCCUCUUCGAAGUCGGGCAGCUAUUCGCUCCUUGAGGCCUGGCAGGGCGAAUCCUUUUUCGAUUAUUUCGACUUCUUCGACGCUCCGGACCCUACCAACGGUUAUGUCACAUACGUCAACAAAACGAGCGCUGAGAGCGCGGGCCUCAUCAACAUCACCUCCAGUGGAAGUGCCUACGUGGGUGUGGACCACACGAGCAUCCUUGACCCGAAUGGCGCGGGCCGUGAAUCUGUGCGUCUGGAUAGUAAGAGGUUUUAUGAGCAAGGACUGUAUAUCGUGGAUCUCGAACACAUGCCUGGCAGCAUCUGUGGUCUUUGGCCCGCCUUUUGGUCUGUCGGUCCCAGCUGGCCGGAAGAUGGCGAAAUCGAUAUCAUCGAAGGUGUCAACACGCAUGAAAACAACGAGAUUGUCUUACAUACUAGUGGGACCUGUACUGUUACGAGCGACGACAUGACUGGAAACCUCACUUCGAGCGAAUGUGGCGAGGCAUCUGGCACUAUCGGCUGUGUAGUGGAGGCCGAGAAUGGAACCUAUGGUACCCCGUUGAACAAACAGGGUGGUGGUGUCUAUGCGAUGGAAUGGACUUCUGAAUUCAUCAAGAUUUGGUUCUUCCCUCGCAAGUCAAUUCCCGAAUCCAUCACCAAGGGCAACCCUGAUCCCUCCACUUUUGGUACCCCAAUGGGCAACAUGCAGGGAGGCUGUGAUGUUGAGAAACGAUUCACGGCCCAGAAGUUCAUCCUCGACACAACAUUCUGCGGUGACUGGGCCGGCGGUGUAUUUGGUGAAUCGGGAUGCCCAAUGAGUGAUUCCAGCAGUCCCAUCAAGUCUUGUGUCAACUAUGUCGCCGAGAACCCGGCUGUGUAUAAGGAAGCUUACUGGGAGAUCAACUCCAUCAAGGUUUAC